CCCAUUUGUAGUAUUGUUAGAAAUCUAGACAUCAACAAAAAUACGUUGAAGGCUGCAAUGUUAAUGUUAAAUUAUUAUAACAUGCUGAGAGGUAUUCGACUGCACCUCACCUGCACUACACAUUGGAAUCAAAAUACAAGGCUUCCUGCACAGGUGAUAUUGUCUAGAACAACAUCCAGCACGAACCAACUAAUCUCGCUCGCUCUACAUGGGAACCGUCUAAUAUCGUCUUCAUCUCUAUCUUUACCACCUAACCGUUGUGUAAUCCCCAGGGCUCUGAAUUCUCGAGGGAUCAUCACCGGGACAUACCCCUCCAUACCUCUCAGCCCAUAUAAUAUCAGGCUACUUAAGCUUGAAAAGGAUCCGCAUGCAUGUCUGCCCAUUUUCGAUAAAUGCAGAGAAAUUCUCGAAUCCAACCUGAAGCCUGAUCUGACCACAUAUCGAGUUCUUCUCGAAGCACAUGCACGCAACAAGGAUCUGCAGAGCAUUUUGACCACUUUGGAAGAGAUGGAGCUUGCUGGUUGCUCUCCUAAUAUUUCCUGCUUUAACAUUGGUCUCAAGGCCGCUGCGACACAGGGGGAUACCGUAAUUCUGGAAAAAAUACGGGAAAUGGUCGCGAAAGCAGGACUCAAACUGAACCUUAAAUCGUUUGAGAUAAUUGUGCAGGGACUCUGUACUAAUCAGGAGCUGGAGCAUGCUCUAGACCUUUUGGGCGAUAUGACAGUGUCUGUUAAUGAAGGCGGAGAGCCAGACGAGAAUGGCAAGCCUGUGAUUGAUAUCCGGCCAUCAUUACAAUGCUACAUAUCAGUCAUCCAGCUGGCACAGUCUCUUCACGAGUCUGAAACUGCUUAUCUUGUGUUGAAAAUGGCCGAAGUACAGGCUGGUCUUUCUAGAAUUCCUGCAGUUGUCUACACAGAUCUUUUGGCUAGGGCUGCUGAAGACUAUGUGCUUCCUGCAGUAGAGCAUUGCUGGAAGAAGGGUGUCAAGGAGAUGGGAGCUACGCUUGACGAAGGAACAUGUAUGUUGGUUCUCCAUUGUGCAGGACAUGAAAGAGCCCCACAAUUGUCUGCAGAAGUUAUUCAGCAUAUGGGAGAAGCCGGAAUGGAAUUCAGGGAGUAUCACUUUGCUCCUUUGCUUCAGUCUUUUUCACUUGCUAAGAAAUUCAAGUCGGCAUUCAACGUCUUGUCGAUCAUGAGAACAUCGGGUAUGAAGCCGACUGUUUUGACUGCGACGAGCUUACUCAAAAUCCUUGAUGAGCCUGGAAACAUUGACGAAGCAUUCAUCUGUAUGCAGGAAAUGCAUCGAGAGGGCAAAGCUGUAGAUGUCGUAGCCUUUAACGUAUUGAUUGAGGCCUGUGGUCGCAUCAAUGAUUUGACUCGGGCCAUGCAGAUCUUUGAGGCAGCAUCGGACUUGAAAGUUAACCCGGAUACGGACACCUACAAUGCAUUACUAACUGGUUGUAUAACUGAUAGAAACAUGAAUGAGGGCAAGAAUGUGGUUAAGAUGAUGCAGAAAGCAGGCGUAGACCCCAAUGUUGAUACGUACCAGUCAUUGAUCACGUUAUGCCUGACGCAGAUCAACUACGAAGAUGCAUUCAUGUAUCUUGAGGAAAUGAAGAGUCACAAUGUGAUCCCAUCUGAAGCGAUCUACACAAGUCUGGUGCGAAAGCUUGCGCGCGAGAACGAUCCUCGCAUUAAGUAUGCGAUCGAAGAAAUGGAGUCAUUUGGAUAUGUAAUUGGCCCCAAUAUGCGUGAAUAUAUCGAAACAGGGGGACUAAGUAACUUGGAAGAGUCAUUUCGCCGAAAACAGAUUCGAUUAGCACAACGUCGACGUAGUGGCCACCGCCCACGUCCCUAACAGAAUAAAGAAAUAGCG